CGCUUGCCCAGAAAAAGUGAGAUCUGAAAAAGUAUAAAUAUCAAAGCUUGUACUUCAUCAGUUCAGUUGCAUAUAGGCUGUAUACAGAACAGAAUGGCCUCCCGAACCCUUGACAUCUACACUUCAAAUAUUCCAUUGACCCAGAAAGCCCGAUUCUGGUCGGACUUCGUCAGCUCCUUAAAAGGCGAUCUGGUUGCAAAAGAAAAAUCAAUUAUGUUUACUCCUUCCCUCUUCUCUAUGUACAAACCCAUGGAUGUUACUUUGUACGACAUCAUUUAUGGUGAGCAAGAUCUAUGUGCCCGUGAUUAUGUACGAGAUACAACUUGGUAUCCGGGAGUUCAUGACAUUCUUCCACAGUACUAUCCUGAUCUUACAGAGGACUUAGGAAGAACGGAUUCACAUAUGAUGAGAAGAGCUCAGAGAGCCUGGACCCUUCCUCCCAGACAUAUUGUUCAAACUCCAGAAAGGAGUGGUUUAAGUGAGUAUAAUCCCAUCCAUACAGACAUUUACGGCCAUGGAAGGAGAAGAGGAUUUUAAGAAAGUCCUGGAAAACUUAAAGUGUACAAAAAGUCAACCUGUAUAACAAGAAAAUUCGACCAGAGGAAAACCAUCAUCUGUAUUUUAAGCAAUCCCACACAUAAUUUCAUUAAAUAUACAAACAUGUCAAUGUAUUUAAAAUUAUAUUUAACUAAUAAAUUCUUUAAACUAU